AUUGAUACGGAAUAUGAAGUAGAGUUUAUUCUAACAUGUUUUUUAAUACUCACCAGACGAAAAAAUUAUCCUGAAAAAAUCCGAUUUUCUGUGGCGUUGCCGUUAGCUGAUCCUAUAACAAAAUGAAUCGCACCGAUGACAUGAAGAAAGCAUCGCUCAAUGACUUCAAGCUGGAAGCAAUGGCCUCUAUGGGCUGGGCAGUGGACUCGGAAAUUCCUAUGGCAAGUGCCAAAAACCUGGCCAUCCUAAAGGAGCUGUCCAGUUUAAGGGCUCUCAAACUGGAGCUUCAACAGCACAUGAAUUCGCUGGACGAACGCGAAAAGGCGGUGGAACGACACACCCGUAACAUUGAGGGCACCAUUCAGCAGAAUAUAGCACUGUAUAGCUCUAUGAAGGAUGAUGUUAUCAAGGAGGCGCACAAGGUUCAGCUCGUGAUAUUGGAGCGAAACAAGAUCAAAGAGGAUCUGAGGAAAAAUGAAAAGGAGUUACAGGAAUAUACUGAAUACACCGCGGUGACGGAACGUAAGAUCUGCCAGAACAAACGCGAGAUUGAUGAGCUGACUUCGCGAAUCAAGUCGGCCAAGACGACUCUAGUGGAGUGGAAGGAGGCCAUGGAAGAUGGUAACAAGGGCUACCAGUUGAUCGAAAAGUACUAUCUGGACGAUCAGCAAAAGGCCCGGGAGCUGAACACGAAGCGACAGCUCUUACAGGCGGAAAUAGACAAGCGCCGCAAGCAGGUCGUCCUCCUGUACGACGAGCAGAUGACUCUGGAGAAGAAUCUGGAGCGGACCGCGAGUCUUUAUAGGUCUGCUCACGCUGAGCGUCGCCAGAUGGUGGAGACGUGGAAGAGCGCAGUGAAGCAGAUGACCCAGCGCGAACACGACAUCCAACGCAGCGAAGCGGAAUGCGCUGAGCUGGCACAGAAGGCACAGCAAACGGCUGCGGUCUACAAGGAACAGGACAACCAGCUGACCGAAGUGAUCGAAAACAACCGCCAGGUGGAGAUCGCCAUCGAGGCCUUGAACGAGGAGACCUCCGACAUGAAGAACCAGAUACAGAUCCUGACCGAUGCCUCGCUGCUGAAGGAACGCGAGAUCGAUGGCCUGCGUCGGGAACUGGAGAAUCUCUCCAACCGGUUGCACAUGCAGCGCAUGGAGAACCGCAGUCAAACAAAGAAGCGGGAUGAAAAGAUCAAGGAGAUAGAAAACUUCUCCUCGGUGAUGGAGAAGGUUGAUGCCCGGCUGAAGUCCGUGCAGAAUAAAGCACUAAAUGCGGAGCAGCGCCUUCAUAUUCUGGAGGAGAUGAUGGAGGCCGAGGAGACUGCUCUGAAAAACCUGGACAAGGAGCAGGAGAAGGUCAACGAGAUGCUGUACCGCACGCAGAGGCAGGUUACCGAGCUGCAGGACGAGGAGAAGAUCCUGAAGGUGCAGAACGAUUCCCUGAUCUCGAACCUGGCGGCCAUCAAGCGCAGCCAGCAGCAGGUGAACCACGAACUGAAGCGCCAGACUGAGAUCCACUACAGUCUGUCCUUCAAGUGCCUGGAGGCGGAGAGAAAGUACGCCGAGUGCAAGGGUCUGGCGGACGACCCCGAGGUAGAAGCUGCAAAUUUGGCCCGUCUCAACGCCCUGGAGCAGGAGUACGAGAAGCUUCAUCGCCUCAUAGCCACCACCGAGGCCCAGAACAAGAAGCUUAACUACAACAUGAACAACUUGGUGAUUCAAUACAACGCCGACGAGAAGGAACUCGAAACGGUCAGGUUCAAGAUCAAGGAGGCCCAAGUCUAUUGCGAGGGCACUGUCAAGAGACUGCGCCAGAAUCGGUAUGAGAACUCCGAGCUCAUAGUGGAUCUCAACAUGGUCAAGAUGCGCUGCAACGACCUCGAGGUGGGAAUCGGUGGCUGCGAACAGGGCACCUACGACCUGGAGCAGCACCGACUCGCCUUCCGGCGGGCCAUCAAGGAUCGCAGCGUCGAGCUGCGCAGCCAGCGAGAUGUGCUCCUCCUCAAAAAAAAGCACCUCAACGAGGAACUGAGCACCUUGCGAGCCGAUCUUGGUGAGCGGAAGAAGAAAAUAGAGGCGGUGAAGGCUAGGUUCGAACUGACCGCCCAACUGCUGGGCAAGAACGACGACGGCUCCAUUAUGACCAGCACCCAGCUGAAGGUGGAAAGCGCUCAGGAGCGCCAGAUGCUGGCCGACGAGGGCGACGCCCUCAACAAGAAGGUGCUCAAGGCCGAGAAGGAACUGGUCGCCCUGGAGAACACGCUGCGCCAGUUCGACAAAUCCAACGACAACUACCGCAAGACCUUCCGAUCUGUGGACGAAAACUCGAAGGAUCGCGAGCGCGCCGAGCUGGAGCUGAAGGAGCUGGAGGCGAACUACUGUCGCGAACUGGAGAAGCUGAAGGUGCUGCGAUGCAAGGCGCAGCACUACGACCAGAAGCAUGCAGCGCAGCGGGCCGAGGAGGAGGAACUUAUUGCCAGGUUGGAAAAGGCAAAGGCCAGUCGGGCGGAGCAUGCCGCAUGUCUAGAGAAGAUCGAGCGCGAACUGGAUGAUCAGCGAUUGAAGUUGGACAGGGCGCAGCGCGAGAUCCGGACGCAGAUGCGGGAGAUCAGGGCACGACCCUUCAGCGAGGAGUACCUGGCGCAGUUUGAGCGCGAUCUGAACCUGCAGGAGUUGGAGUCGCGCAACGCCAAGGCCCUGAACAUGCUCACCGAUCUGGCUAGCAGCAACGAGUGCGGCGCAGACAUAAUGGGAAUCCUGGUGCGAAAGGGCAUCAAGUUGCCGAUGCACCUUAAGCGAACGUGCAGCCGUGUGUCCUGGAACAGCAGUUCCUCGGCCAAGUCCUCACAGGAUCAGGAUGCCGGCUCCUACAUCAGCGUCAAGGGCAAGUCCUUCCUGUGCGAGGGAGUAAGUGCCCGUUCCUCGGCCUCCAAUGUGAGCUCCCUCAAGGACGACAGCUCCUCCACCACCUCCCAAUCCGGCCUCAGCAUCAUAUCCCUUGAGUUACCCAUGCCGAAGAAGAAAUAACUUGUAAUAAAAAUUUAUUUAAUCGUUCCUUAUUCAA